AUGGCAUCCACAACCUUACUCCUCACUCUCCUGCUCACCAGCUGGUUCCUCAUCACCUUCCUCAUCCUCAUCCUCAUCCUCGUCCUCGCUGUCUUCUUCCUCAAGGAGACCUACACCUUCCGUGUCCACGUCGACCAAAUCCCCACUCCCGUCACCACCUCCAUCGACAAGCAAGCUCUCAACUGGGCCAAUAAUGGAGCACAAGUAAUGUCUCCCAUUGAACUAACCCCUGCACCCUUUACUGAUCUUCUCAGUGCCCUCCUGGGCUUCUUCCUCACCACCCUCCUCUCCAUCCUUGCCCUCACCCUCAUCGUCCCCCUCACCCUUCGUCUCACCAUCCAACAUCUAGAGAGGGAACACCAGUGGGCAUUCAACAUCACCGCCACCGCACAGCGCCCCCUCCCCCAUACAACCACCACUCUCCCCAUCAUUGCUGCCAAUUGUGACAGCAACAACCCAACUCAAGUGUACUUUGAGUACAUAAGAGAACAUCAAGAUUAG